GGACUUUGUUCUGUUCAUCUGUUCAGUAAUUCGUAUUUUGUUUCGUGUGUUAUCUUAAAUCUUAAAAAUGGUUAAGGGUCAUAUGGAAAUAUCAAAUAGUCAAAUACAAGAUCUUCGUAAUGCUUUUCUGAACGAUUUGGCGUCCAAGGGAAACAAUGGUGUUCACCCAAAUGACUUAGAAAGAGUAAAGACUAGUGAUGAUUGGUUGCAAAGAUUCCUUCUUCACAAUGAUGGAGAUCAAACACUGGCUCUCAAAAUGUUGUGGACCUCAGUGACAUGGAGAUUAGAAAAUAAUGUGAAUGAGUUAAGUGAAAGUAAAUGCAAAAUGGAGCUUCUCUGUUCUGGUGCAUUCUACCCAUUUGGUGCUGAUAUAGAUGGCUGUGUGUUGUUGGUAUUUAAGUGUAAAAAGCAUGUAAAAGGAGCUGUUGAGAUGGCUGAAAUUAAGAAAUGUAUUUUAUAUUGGUUCGAAAGAAUAGAAAGAUUAGUCAAAGGAAACCAAAUAACAAUAUUUUUUGAUAUGGAGGGUUGCGGACUAUCAAAUAUGGAUUUAGAACUGAUCAAGUACCUUAUAAAUUUAUUCAAAGAAUAUUAUCCAUAUUUUUUGAAUUAUAUUCUUAUUUUUGAGAUGCCUUGGAUAUUGAAUGCUGCCUUUAAAAUAGUUAAGUCAAUGUUACCUGAAAAAGCUGUUGAAAAAAUCAAGUUUAUCUCUAAAAAAGAUAUCAAAACAUAUGUCGGUUCAGAACACAUCUUGACAUGUUGGGGUGGCGACAAUACUUACACUUUCGAUUUUGUGUCAGAACCGCAAACAGAAAUAGAACCAGUGCCUACAGCUGGUCUAACUACCAAUAAAAAAGUUCACUUUAUGGAUGGAUCAAUGUCAGAAAUAUCUGCAGGCAGUGGUGAAAAAGAAUCUGAUGGCAGUUCUCUCAAAGUGACGCCAUCUGGCAUCAUCACUUUUGUUAAAGAUGGCAACGAACUCGUCAGCACUUUGGAACUUCAGAAUACUGAUGGGAAUACCCAUUUGUCAUAUAAGCUGAAAACCACAUCACCAGAAAAAUUCAGAGUGAAACCAAGCACAGGAUGUUUGGCACCUGGAGAGUCAGCCAUUGUUACUGUGACGUUAUUGGUGGGAUUCCAGCUAGGUGGUUUAUCACGAGACAAAUUCCUUGUGAUGAGUACUCCAUUGGAAGCAAGUGAACUGAGUAAUUUGGAUUUGUCUGAAUUAUGGAAGAACCAAUCAAAUAGAAAAGUAAACCAACAUCGCCUAAAAUGCAUCCAGAGCGGCGGCGAGGUCACUAAUAAUGGUAGCAUCAAUCCACAACGCACAACUUCUUCCCAAGAUGCUGACCCAAACAGCUUCAACAAGCUAUCUGCUGCUUUAUCCAAGUUAGACAAUUGCCAACAUGACCUCCAAAAGUCUGUCAAAACAUUGCAGUAUUACCAAUUAGCUACAAUACUUUUGGUCAUCUUGUUAGGUGUCGUUUUGGGUUACAUGAUUCGUGCCACUGACAAAGAAUAUUCGGCCGAAAAUUCCUAUUGCAAAGAUGUCAAUCAUCUAUAACAAUAACAAUCAUUUGCAGGGCCUAAAGAAGAAGACGUCUGUUUGAUUUAUAGGGUGAUACAAAAUCUAAUAUUCCAAUUUUUAUAUCUGUUUUGUAUAUUCAAAGGUUUUUUAUAGGCGUUUUAUUGGCCCUGUGAUAGUGACAAAAUACCUAUGCUUCGAGUUUGGUUAAAGAGUUCGUUAAUUUUUUGAAAUGUUUAUUUUUAAAAUGUACUUAUUGUUUUACAUUUUUUAUAGUGAAUAUAUUGUUAUUGCUUU